GGUAUGAGAGGAGGAAUAGCGGUUCCUCAGCAGCGUGUGUGUGUAUAACACGGCAAACAAACGGCAGCCCCGGCACAGCGAGGAGCAGCCGCAGAGCCCCAGGGCCGCCUUGUCCCGCUGCAGGCGCCUUCCCCUGCCGUGCAGUUCCGGGCGCAGCCAGCAGGGGCGCUGCUGGCUCCCGCCGGGCGGGGCGGGCGAUGAUUCCCCCGCGGCUGCAGGGGGCGCUGUGGCGCGAGCUCGGCCCCCUCUGCACACGGCACUGGCGGGCGGCCGGCGGGAGGGAUGGAGAAGGGGCUUCCUUUGGAGCCCUCAGGGACAGCCGGUCCCGCUGCGCCUCCGCACGGUGACAUGGACUGCAGCAGCAACCUUGGAAGCAGCUGGAACGGCAGAGGCGGGCGCACCCAGGGUGACAAAUGAAAUGAACAUGACAUUGAGACAGCUUUCGGAGUGGUUCAUGUCACCAUGCGGGGCACACCCAAGGGGAACAGACCUGUCAUCCUCACAUACCAUGACAUUGGCCUCAACCACAAAUCCUGUUUUAAUGCAUUCUUUAACUUUGAAGACAUGCAAGAGAUCACCCAUCAUUUUGCUGUGUGCCAUGUGGAUGCACCAGGCCAACAGGAAGGAGCCCCCCCAUUCCCAUCUGGGUACCAGUAUCCCAGUAUGGAUGAACUGGCUGAAAUGUUACCUGCUGUUCUGACACACCUAAACCUGAAAAGCUUCAUUGGGAUUGGCCUAGGAGCUGGUGCUUAUGUCCUCAGCAGGUGUGCACUCAACCACCCUGACCUGGUGGAGGGACUUGUUCUUAUUAAUGUUGAUCCAUGUGCAAAGGGGUGGAUUGAUUGGGCAGCAUCCAAGUUUUCAGGCUGGACAACCAACAUAGUGGAUAUUGUCUUGGCACAUCAUUUUGGCCAUGAGGAACUGCAGGCAAAUCUAGAUUUGAUUCAAACAUACAGGCUUCAUAUUGCGCAGGACAUUAACCAAGAUAACCUUCAGCUGUUCCUCACUUCAUACAACAGUCGUAAAGAUCUAGAAAUUGAGAGACCAGUUGUUGGUGUCAAUGAAAUGAUUGCAAAAACACUCAAGUGCCCUGCCUUGCUUGUUGUUGGUGACAACUCACCUGCUGUGGAAGCAGUGGUUGAAUGCAAUUCCCGUCUUGACCCAACCAAAACUACCCUUCUGAAGAUGGCCGACUGCGGUGGCUUGCCCCAGGUGGUUCAGCCUGGCAAGCUGACUGAAGCCUUCAAGUACUUUGUGCAGGGAAUGGGCUACAUCCCUUAUGUGCAGCUCAGCCACCUAAGCACUGAGUCAGUGCCAGCAGCCAGCAUGACGCGGUUGAUGCGUUCCCGUAGCCACUCCUCCUCCAGCGUGGGCUCCGGCGAGAGCAGCCGCAGCCGGUCCCAUGCCAGCACCCAUGGGGAAGGGAGUGCUGGAACCCCAGAAGGAAUUGACCUCCAGGCUGCACCUCAAACCAUGGAAGUAUCCUGUUAGGCAGGAGCCCCUCUUCUGGAUUCAGACAGCUCCACUCACCCCACUGAACCCACUCAGAAUUUAGCAUUUCAUCCAAAACGGCAUUAACUGUUCUCUCUAACCUGUGCAUGCCCAUCUGAGCAGCCACCUCCUUGGUAGUCUGUACUUGACAUUACUUUGAUCUUUUCUGUAUCCCCUUGACAUCAGUCUCUUUAAAACUCGUUGACAUUCCACAGUCUUUGUAAGUCCCAUUACUGUACAUGCUGAUGCCAUCUCCUGUCUGUGCUGUGUAUCAAUCCAGAUGACAGCCGUUGUCUCCCCUCUUCAUUUAAAUAUAAUUUCUGUGGCUUUGUGAGGUUUAGAAUUGCUUCCUAGUUGUGCUUCUGCUAAAGGACCUGUGUGAUGCAGUUGGUAUGUCACUGGUGGGACGUGGGAAAGUAAGACCACGAGGAUGCGGCACUCCAGGCACUGGAGCAGGCAGUGCAGUGUGGAGCUGUACCUGGGACCCAGAUCUGUGUGUCCCCAGGGCUAUUUCACAUGCCAUGCAGAGAAUAACAAAUGGUCAGGAAUACUGCUUUGGUCUUACUUGUGUAUGUGUGUUAAGAAGGAGCAGAGUGAUUUCUUACCUGAGCCUCCUGAAAAAGCAAAGCAAUUAACCAGUAAACUACACUAACAAGGUGCACUAUUGACCCAGUACAAGGGAUUAAACUCCAGCAGCCCUGGCUCUAGACCACUUCUGCAACCCUCUGCUGACCCCGCAGAAGGGCAGGAUGCAGCGACACAUGGUUGCUGCUCUCCCCUGGCACAGGUGAAUAUUUAAUAUUGAGCAGGUUGUGAAAUGGGAAGCAGUGCCUCUUGCCAGGUGGAGAUCCCAGAAUCUCCUGCACUGCCAUCUUUGUAUCCCACUGCCACUGUCCCAGGCAGCAUCUGCACAGGAUGCAGUUAUAUGGGGGCAGGGAACACCAGUGAGUGUGGCAGCAGAAAUCACACAUUCCUGUGAAUCGUGUCAAAAGGAUGAGCAGUGAACACCUCUGUGCAGGUAGCAGUUACUGUCUUUGUGCAAUUCACAACUGUGCUACCUUUUUACACCUGGCUGGGUCACCAAGGGUGGACAGCAGAUGCCUGCUGCCAGGGUCUGGUGUUAAUGGGAGAAAAGGGAUGAGUGGUCAGGCUGCUGCAAGUCUCAAUUGAUAAGCAAAAACCUUUCCUCACUGCUGAGCAGCCUUGACCUAACGGGAGCCAACUCCUCCCAGGGUCAUGCUCAUUUUCUGCUCCAUUGCAGGUAGGGAAUGGGACCGGGAGGCUCUGCCUGAGGGGGACUUUGUACCGGUUAUUGAAUAAAGCUAUAACUGAGUUUCAUUGUUA